AAAUUACACUAAAGCCAUACCUCCGGGAGAGUUCUCCUGACUCCCAGUAGGAGGCGGAGAGCCAAGGGGCGUGCUAGAGCGAGGGGGUUGGGCUCCUCCCGGGUGGCUGGAGCCUGCGGAGCAGAGAGCGGCCGCCCUCGAUCUGGGCGAUGGAGGAAGCUUCGAGCGAGGGGGCAGGUUCCUAAGCUUCGCAAUUCCUCUGUCGCCUUCUGGCCUGCCUACCAGGUCGCAUGAUCCCUCCGGCCGGGGCUGGUUUUUUUUUUUCUUCUGAGUUACCGGCGACCCAGCCACCACCUCCUCCCGACCUAUGAUACAAAAGACCUUCCGGGGGUUGCACCUGCUUGCUGUCGCCGGAGAUAGAUUUGAAUAACCUUAUCUUGGCUUUGGAUCCUGGAAGAGAAUCGCUAAACACAGCAGACCCAGUGAGUGAGCAGGUGUUUUGGACAAUGGACUGGUUGAGCCCAUCUCUAUUAUAAAAAUGUCUCAGAGCAACCGGGAGCUGGUGGUUGACUUUCUCUCCUACAAGCUUUCCCAGAAAGGAUACAGCUGGAGUCAGUUUAAUGAUGUCGAAGAGAAUAGGACUGAGGCCCCAGAAGAAAUUGAAGCAGAAAGGGAGACCCCCAGUGCCAUCAAUGGCAACCCAUCCUGGCACCUGGCGGAUAGCCCCGCGGGGAAUGGCGCCACGGGCCGCAGCAGCAGUUUGGAUGCGCGGGAGGUCAUCCCCAUGGCUGCCGUGAAGCAAGCGCUGAGAGAGGCAGGCGAUGAGUUUGAACUGCGGUACCGGAGAGCGUUCAGCGAUCUAACAUCCCAGCUUCAUAUAACCCCAGGGACAGCAUAUCAGAGCUUUGAACAGGUAGUGAAUGAACUCUUUCGGGAUGGAGUAAACUGGGGUCGCAUCGUGGCCUUUUUCUCCUUUGGCGGGGCACUGUGCGUGGAAAGCGUAGACAAGGAGAUGCAGGUAUUGGUGAGUCGGAUUGCAAGUUGGAUGGCCACCUAUCUGAAUGACCACCUAGAGCCUUGGAUCCAGGAGAACGGCGGCUGGGACACUUUUGUGGAACUCUACGGGAACAAUGCAGCAGCCGAGAGCCGGAAAGGCCAGGAGCGCUUCAACCGCUGGUUCCUGACGGGCAUGACUGUGGCUGGUGUGGUUCUGCUGGGCUCGCUCUUCAGUCGGAAGUGACCAGACACUGACCGUCCACUCACUUCUCACCACCCACCCUACCCCCACCACAACUCUCUUCAGCCACCAUUGCUACCAGGAGAACCACUACAUGCAACUCACGCCCCUCGCCCUAUCACAGGGCUGGGCCUAGACGGAGUCCCUGCAGUUAGCUUUCUAGAAUCACCACGCUUCUGUGAAAGCCACCUCCCCCCACAUCUUAGUUCCCGUGGCCUCAAAACUCCCAAGGUUUUCUCCCAAACUGGCUUCUGGAGGCUGGCAGGAGUAGGAAGGAGUACGUGUGAGGGAGGAGCGCCUGCCUUGUUGGUGGGACCCUAAUUACCCCUGAGCCUCUGGGGAAUGCUCUUCUGGCAGGGAGUUCUUCCCCGGAAAGAGACUAGAUUGCCUUGGUUUUGAUGUGUGUGGCCUCAGAAUUGAUCAUUUCCCAUCCCGCUGUGUCCCUGGGGCGGCUCCUCCUUCCCAUCUCUACCCCCCAAGAGCCAUUGAGUGAGGUGCUUUUAGCCCUUUUGACUAAUUAGAAAUUCAGGCUGCUUGGGAUAAUGAGGCAAGGACUAGAACCUCCCCACCUGUGGCCUGGCCAAAGCCCCCACUUGUGGUCUGAAUGUUCUCUUGAGGCCUCGGGCUAGACUCUAGCCCCACCCAGGAGGAGAGCCUUAGCUGCUGAAAGUCCACCUGGCCAAAGCUAGAGUGGCUCUUGCGGCUUAGCACACCCCUCCCCUGGCUCCCAUGCCCGUGACUGAGGGACCAACUGGGCGCAAGAUGGUGCCCCAGAGCUGUUAAUGACUUCAGCUGCCUCACUUCCUGCAAGAUCGGCCUGCGGCAUCUUUGCCUUGGGUGCUGGCCACAGGGUCCAGGGACUCUGGCCUCAGCCCAGAAGUGAAGGGAAGCUAUACAGAGCAGCUGUGGGAGCCCUGGGGCUUCCCUACCUCAGGCCGGAAGGGCAGGAAGAAGAGCCUGGUGCGCAGGUGAGGAGGACUGCAAGGGCCUGUUCUUGUGCCCUGCCCCCACCUAGCCUGGGCAGCAGGGCUGCCAAGGUCGGAAUGGCCUGGCCAGGAGCCCUUCAGGCCUCUCCCUCCUCUGUUCCACCUUUGGCCUGUCUCAUCCCUGUGGGUCCCAGCUCAGCUCUGGCUGCCCCCGGGCUCUCUGCUGUACAUAUUCGAGACUAGUUUUUAUUCCUUGUGAAGAUGAUAUACUAUUUUUGUUAAGCGUGUCUGUAUUUAUGUGUGAGGAGCUGCUGGCUUGCUGUGCGCGUGCCCGUGGAGAGCUGGUGCCCAGAGACUGACAGCCUGAUGCUCCCUGCCCUUGCCUGGGGAAGCCCACUGGGGGUCCUGGCUUCUGAGGGGCACCUGUCCCUCCCCUCCCCUCACCCUACACUUGUUCCAGCUCUUUGAAAUAGUUUGUGUGAAGGUGAAAGUGCAGUUCAGUAAUAAAUGGUGUCUGUGACUAUGUGAA